AUUAAUUUUAUUAUUAUUAUUAUUAUUAUUAUUAUUAUUAUUAUUAUUAUUAUUAUUAUUAUUAUUAUUAUUAUUAUUAGUAUUAUUAAUUAUUAUAAUAUUUUAUUAUUAUCACAAAUAGUAUCACAAUUAAACUAAUACUAUGCGGAUCAUAUAAAUAAAAUACGACAAAUUGAGAAGGAUAGUUGUACUCCAGUUUCAUUUUAAAAGGUUCGUACAUUUGAAGUUUUCAAUUGCAUUUCGUCUUUCGUACAUACUGCUUGCUUUCUCUUUAGCGAUUAACAUUUAGGUGAAAUAUUUAUACUAUAGUGUAAUAUUUGUCACGUUAUAUCAUUGCAUUCAUACGAUCGUUGCGUUUAAGAUUUGAUUCCUCUAUUAAUUCUAAGCACAAUUACAUUUUUGGGGAAGUUAGAUAACAGUGUGACGCAAAGACUUUAUUUUUUUUGUACUUAAGACAUUAUAAUUUUAUUUAUGAUUUUUUGAUUUAACUAUUCAGUUGUUAUUAACCUUUUGAAAUGAACUGAUUAGGGAAACGAUUAAAAGAAAAGAAAAAAAGGAAUGUGAAAAAAAGAAAAUACAUUGUGACUCAAAUUCGUCUGACUUGGGUGGAUUCAAAUAUAUAGAUGCAAAUUUCACAAAUUGCGUUAAAGCGAUCAUCGACCCAAGUAUCGUGAAGAUGUUUUAUACAUGCAUUUUUUACAUACACAUUUUAUGGAAUCCUUUGUACCAAAAGGCAUUUAUAGCAAACAUUGUGCCAGGGUUAGAAUAUAUUUUGAUGCGACUAGCAAACAUGGAAAUACUAAUUAAUAAUAGGCCUUUAAUAUAUUAAACGAAAUAAGGUGUUAAACUAUGGCUUCCUAGAGAUAUUUUAGGCAAAAUUUCGAAGGCAUGAUUCUGAAAAUAAGAAAAGUAAAAGAACAAACAAACAAAUAAAACGGAACUGCCAUUAUACGUGCUGUUGAUUUCAGAGGCAACAUAUCAUGUCGAUGCUUAAAGCCGAUUAAAAUGAUAUGCAAUCUCUUAAUACUAGAAAUUUUUCCAUUUGUGACCACUGUGAAUUGUGUAUAUAAUCGCUUUGAGAUGUUCAUUUCUCGUUGUUUUUUUAUUUUUUAUUUUUUUUGUAUCAUGUCCUAUUUGCCGUUACCGCAUACAAAAAAAAAAAGAUUAAAAAAAUAAAAGAAAACAUUUUCAAAUGCAACGUAAAGGACAUGAUAAUUAAUUGAAACUGUAACGAGAAGUGAUCAUUGUGAAAGUAUUCGAUAAUCGGGGUUAGCGUCAUAUACAAUGAAACUAGGAGUGAAAAGUGAGAAGUUUGAAAUAACGUGGAAGGAAGAGUUUUGAUAUGUUUUAUAUGGAAUAAAUAUAAACGUUGAUUGCAUCAUAAGUAUAUAAGAAAAAAGUAUAAUAAAUGCUGAAAUAGUAGAUCAAAUUAAGCACUAAUCAUGGAGUCUUUUUAUUUAUAUAAUCACGCGUAGAAAGUAUUGUUUUAUUUAUUUAUUUAUUUUUUCUUUUUUUUUUCUUUUUUUUUCCAUAACAGACAAUCAAUACAUUCAAGUAUAAUUGACAUAUAACAAAAAAAGCAUUAAGUUGUUAUCGGGUCUUCCUUUAGUUGUUUAAGCGUUCGAGCUAAUCUAGGACUCGCCAGAUCUAAUGGUGUUUUGCGUUCUUUGUUGGUUAACGUUAUAUCGGCGCCAUUUAUAACCAACAAUUUUGCUUCUUCCAAACGAUCUUCCUCGCAAGCUAGAUGCAACGCGGUAUUUCCAUAUGCGUCCUUUUGAUCUAAAAUAAAUGAUUCACAUAACAUUCAUAUAUUAACAUAAGAUGAGAUUCAUUAAUUAUGUUCACAAAAAUCAUCAAAUAAUACAAGACCUAUCUUUAAAUCUUUUCCAUAUUCUAUUAACAAUUUAACUAUUGCAAUAUUUCCUUUUGAAGCAGCUCUGUGCAUAGGAGUCGCUCCUCUUUUGUCAGUGAUAUUUAUAUCCGCAUAUUUUUCGAGCAAUGCAACGCAUAUUGACUUCCAAUUUUUCGAUGCUGCGUAUUGCAAUGCCGAAUGUCCAUCCACAGUCUUUGCAUUAACAUUUGCACUUUCGGCAAGCAAAGUGUUAACAACUUUUUCUCGUCCAGCAGAGGCUGCCAAAAUUAAUGGUGUCAUAUUCGUCUAUGAAAUGAUCAUUGAAUAAAAAAAUUGUUUAAAAUUAUAUUUCAUUAUUUAAAUUUUUUUCAUAAUUAAUGGUGCGAAAAUUCAAUGCAAGACAAUAUCGUACGUUUUUUACGAGUGAUAUAGGUAUACGUAAAAAAAGAAUAUUGAAAUUACCCGCUCAUUUAUAUUACGUACGAAAUGAAAUCUUCCUUGCCAGUUUUGUCAUCGUGAUACAAAAUAAACAAAAUAUAAACUCACGUCGUCUGUUGGAUCAACCGGUACACCGAGAGAUAAUAAAUAUCUAACUAGAUCAUCGUGUCCGCCUAAAGCACUCCAAUGUAUCAACAUUCGUCCAUUCUAAAAAACAAAUAUGCAGUUUAAUGUUCAUUUUAUAACCUCAAUCGUCGAUCAUAGUUUACUAAAUUUGAAUACUUACGCCGUCUGUUUGUGUUUUCAAAGAUUCAGUUUCAUUAAGUAGAAUUUUCACAUCUGACGUCUUACCACGAUAAGCUAAAUCAUAUAUUGAUUCUUGCUGAGACAUUUUAUAUAAAUGAAUUUAAUAAUAUUCUUUACAAUCACUAUCGCGAAGUUUGAACUUCUAAGACAUUAUGUUCACCCUCGCAACAUCAAAUCAAUACAUGAAUUAAUGAUUGUUUUGACAAUACAUGUGCUAUAUUAAUUUAAUUAAUAUCCGUAAAUUUAUUAUCGUUAUUAUAAAUGUUAUUUUAUUUAUAAACAUUACUUUAACUAUCAAUAUUAAAAUAAUAAAUUGUUUUAUCAACAAUGCUUUGAUAAGUCCAAUUUAUCAAUGGAAUCAUACAGAGUAGCGCUCUGUUUUCUCAAAACACAUUCGAAGUAAAUGAGGUUAGAUUGUUAAUACAUACAAUUUAGAAAUAAAUUCUAAAUAUCUAAGUAAAUAAUAAAAAAGUCUGUAUAUAUAUAUAUAUAUAUAUAUAUAUAUAUAUAUAUUAAGAAUUUAUCUUAUAAAUAAAAUGAUCGGUAAUAAAAUACUCCUUAGAUAUUUAAUAAACAGUAAUAGUUUAGUGUUUAGGUAUUUUGUAAUAACUAAAAAGGAAUUUAAUGAACAAAAUUGUUUAAUUCUGCCUUUAACGACAAAUCGUUUAUUCCACAUUGCUCAAAAUCUUUAUAAAGAAGAGGAAACAAAGAAAAGUAAUACCCUUAUGAUAUCUUUGUUUGAAAAUGCAAAAGAAAAACGAAAAGAGACUUUCAUUGACAUUAUAAGGAUUUAUGAACAAGAAAAAUAUAAAAGAGGUCAAAUAGCAUUUAUUAAAUUAGCUUUGAAAUACAUGAAAGAUUAUGGUAUAAACAAAGAUAUUGAAGUUUAUAAAGCCUUAUUAAAUAUUUUUCCAAAAGGACCAUAUAUUCCAAAAAAUUAUUUUAAUGUCGUGUUCAAAUAUUAUCCAAAACAUCAAGAUACUGCUAUUGAUCUAUUACAACAAAUGGAAGAUAAUAACAUAAUACCUGAUGAAGAAAUACAAGAUAUUCUUUUAAAUAUUUUUGGUAAACAUGGUAGACCAUUGAAAAAAUUAUGGCGAAUGUUAUAUUGGAUGCCUAAGUUUAAAAAUUUAAAUCCUUGGCCUGUUCCUAUACCAGUACCUACAGAUCCAAAAAUACUUGCCAGAAUAGCAAUACAAAAGAUAAGUAGUGUUGAUGUAACAACACUUAUAUCUGAAUUUGAGACAAAAGAUAUAGAGGAAUCUAUUGAAGAUACAUGGAUAAUAUCUGCUAUGAGUCCCAUUCAAAAAGAUUUAGUAGCACAACAUUUUAAAUUAAGGAAGGAUUUGCCUAUGUACGUAGAAGGUCCUUUCAAGAUUUGGAUUGCAAAUCAGUCAGUCGAUUACUUUAUUUUGAGAUCAGACCCAGAAAAGAGUACUUAUGAAUAUGAAGAUCCUGAUGAUGUUAGCAAGAUUAAAAUUCCAUUUUGGAAGACAAAUAAGAUCGUUGAAGCACCUACAGUACAUGAGCAAGAGGAUGGUGUUUACUUUGCAAUAUGUGCUACUGGUACAUCUAGUAAAGAUUCCGCAGUAUCUUGGAUUCGACAUUUGCAGAAAAAUAAUCCAGUUUUAGAAAAAAUUCUUAUACUUAUAAAAUUGGCAUCAUCAGUAGAAACAGAAUGUAUACAAUUCACAAAAGAACAGAAAAAUUUACAAAAAAAAUUAAUUAAUAAUAAAAACGAAUAUUCCAAUUAAAA